CGCAACAUCAUUUAUCGGUGCGCCGCUUGGUCUACAAUGAUGCCAGUCAAGCUCAUUCAUUUCGGCACACUUCGUCUCGUCCUCGAGGCCCUACUUCCCCCGUCGAUCACUCACCCAACAGACUCGGCACACCAGGGUCAUCUUCGGAUUAGAGGCUUUUCCUAGUCCAUCGUGCCGUAUUUUCCACUUGUGUGCUUCAGCCUACUGUGCACUCGACGGCCUCACGCUCAGUGAUGCCUGAAUGGAGUCGACCAACCUGUCAACCAGGUGAACAUUUUGCAGCUCACCCUCAGGUCAAGACAUUCGUGUCAGCAACCUUGGCGAUCGAUCCUUCUUUGAUCCUCGCUCAUGCCCUUUCUCUGGACACCAACAUACCCCUCAGUCACCUUUAUGUACACCAGAUAGAUGAGAUCUUAUAGAGCACACGUCGCAA